AUGAUUGCGUUACAAAACCAAGCUAUUCUGCCUUCCGCCAAAGUGGAUAUCUCACUGCUGCUGAAGCCCCAAGAUGAGGAGGCCGCCACCCCCGUGACCUCUGCAUCCAACUUCCCUCCCAAUCCGAUCCCGCAGCCUCCAAUGAUUCCGGCACUCCCCAUCACGACCCCGACGUCCGUUCCUUCUGUGACGCCUCUUACAGCCAAAGCCCCAGUAUCCAUCCCGGCGAAGCGCCUACAACCAGCUCAUACGGCAGAAUCCCCAGCCAAAAAACAGUCAAAAUGGUCGCCCGAAGAGGAUGCACUGAUUAUCGAAUUACGGGGAAGUGGUAUGAAAUGGGAGGAUAUCAGCAAACGACUUCCCGGUCGAAGUGCGAUCAGUUGCCGUCUUCACUAUCAGAAUUAUCUGGAGCGCAGGAGUGAGUGGGACGAGGAUAAGAAGAACAAACUUGCGCGAUUAUAUGAGAGGUAG